GAUUGUGUUACAGCUCCAGAAUGGUUACAUUAGUGGCUGUGCUUAGCAUGAUUUGUAUAUCUUUCGGCAGCAUUAAGGCCAUGACUCCAACAAUACCUUCCAGCAACACUGCAGAAACCCCUAUUGCUCAGAUCCUGUAUCCUAACAAUAACAGCAUUGAGGCACAGCUCGGCUCAAAAUUGAAUACCACUUGCAAAGUAUGGACUGAAUUUCAUUCAACAAUUGAAAUAUUGGUAUAUUGGCUGGCAAAUGGCUCUUACAUUGAAGACUACAGCAGAAGCAGCAGAGUUAGAGAAAGACAAACAAUUGAAAAAAGAGGAAUAAAAGGACAUUACAUUAAAGCUGAGCUGAGUUUCUCAGAAGUGACAAACGAGGAUUUUAAAACAAGUUUUAUAUGCGUUGCUUUGAGUAGACAAACAGCUGAAACAAGAUUUCUUCAAAUAAGACCGGCAGUCUCCAAUAUUGCACUGAACAUUGUGGUUACACUUGCUGUGCUUUCCUGCGCCAUUCUGGCAUUCCUGCACCUGUUCAAGUCUUUAAAGAGAAAGAAUUAUCUUGACUUCUGA